UGUGUUCUUUCCAAUGUGCUCAGUCAAGUUAGGACUGAAAGUGCCAAAGUUGACAAGGUGUGCCUGGGGGAGGUCAGGUGAUACCUGGAAAGGGAGGGGCGGGCCCAGGCGAGCGGGCGGUGGUGGCAGGAAAGAGGAAGGACAAGGCCCUGGUCACUGAUGACCGUCGACCUGGUGGAGGUGCCGACGGUGGCCCUGAGCCCAGGAAGUGCGGACGUCGGCAUGGGCCUGCCCGUGCCCCUCUGUGGGGUGGAGCCAUCACCUGCCCCCUCGGGGGCUGCCUGUCCCCCAGCGCUGUGCUCCGGGGACACCCCCAGGCUUCUCCCCCACCCCCCGCUCGCACUACCUCAGGUCUUCCAGCUCGGCCGUGGGGAAAGGCUUGUGUUUGAACGACAGGUGUGUACUCACUGCCGAAGCGAGAAGAUUCGGGCUGGAGGAAAAGCCUGAGAGACGUUUGCUGUCGGCGGAGGCGCAGCCUGAACAAAACGUGGUUUCCACGGGACGCUGUGUUCAGUGAGUCAGAGCGUCGGCCCCAGGCAGGGCCCCGAGGGCCCCCUGGCCUCCUGCCUGCCCUCCACAGACGGGGCCACCGAGAACCAGAGGAACAGCGCACGGCGCCCGAGGCUGAGUGUCCCCACACCGGGCCCCGGGUGGUGGCGGAGCAGGAACUCCCACCGGAAGCAGAGCUGCAGCCCAGUGCGCCGGGCAGCGCACCUGCUGGUUUACCUGCAGCACAGGUGACACAGGUCGCCUCCACCCAGGUACGGGGGGCCCUCUCACGCCACAGGGGCCUGUCCUGAACGCUCAUUCCCCAUCCCCACCAUCCCUCCGGGCUCCAGCGGAAGCUUCCAGAUGUCUCGGCGGCCGCGGGCAGAACUGCGCCUGGCCUUGUCCCUGACGUGCGGGAUCACGGCCGGCUUCCCCCGGCAGCAGGAGCCCUUCACGGCGGACGGCCAGCGCAAGUCCGCUGCCAGCAGCAGACGGGUUUCUCUGGAGCCCAGACCCAGUCUCCCAAGGACAGAGGACAUGUGUCGCAAGCCAAGGAGCCCCGAGAACAAUAACCACUCACGUCUGCGCCGCCACCGGAAAGCUGCGGCCUCAGGGUGCCGGCUGUGGCCCAAACCCACCGAAUGGCAGCGGGGGGGGCUGAGCCCCCCAACACGCAGCACAGCUUCCCGAGGUCGGCGUGCCUUGCCCUCGCCUGGUCUCAGCUGCCUUGUAGGAAAGGCCACGGCCUUCCUUCUCCACAGUUGGUUUUCCUGCAAAACAACUGCUUUCCUGCAAGGAGCUGUGCAGUCAUUUGAAAGACAGACCCCCCCCACGCGUCACACUGACGUCUCCAGCGGCGUCACUCUGAGCAUGCGAACACGUGUGCAGCGACCAGUCGUUUGCUCCUCCCCACUGACGGGGGAGCGCUGUUCUGAUGUGGGGCGUUCGCCCGUGACUCCCCGUGGCACUGUCUCGACCACGACACGGAAGCCCUGUGGCUCCGUGUUUGUUCCCGUGUUCGCAGCGGAACCUGAAGACAAAAGCCCAUCGAAGCCACAUGCACGGCAGCACCUUGUCACGGUUCGUCCCUUUGCCCCCGAAGUGCCAACGGUGGUGUCUGUCACCUUCCUCAGACGUGGGGUGCGGGCCCAUGGACCCCACAGCCCAUGGACCCUGUAG